AUGGAAGAAAUCAACACAAAUAUAAAACCCAAACUAGUAUUUAUAUUAAGUAACAAGAAGAAGCAAUUAUUAUCAAUUGAUGAUUACAUUUACCAACAUAACAAAUCGACUGAAAACGUGUCAUAUUGGAAAUGCGAAGAGAUAUCGUGUGGGGCAGGUGUUCAUCUGUAUCCAAAUAAGGAAUUUAAAAAAUUCACCAAACAUCAUCACAAUCACAUGCCGGUGCCUGAACGAGUUGAAGUUCGUCAGUUAAUGAUGAAUAUAAAAAAACGAGUCCUGAGCGAGACAACCGCAAUUGGUCAAAUCUAUAACGAGGAACUUGCGAAAGCAGAUCUUUCAAAGCCAGCUCUUGCUAUGGCUUCUUCUGCGAGAAAUGCUAAUUCUGGUCUUAACCAAGCUCGUCGAUUAACAACUCCAAACCUGCCAACUGCAAUCAACUUUGAUAUUCCAACACAAUACAAAACAACCAACGAUGGUAAACGCUACUUAUUGGUUGAUCGCGUGCAAAAGUGUGAUGGAGAAGUUUUUAAUCGGAUCCUAAUAUUUGCAACAGAUGAUCAAUUGAAAACAUUAUUCAACUCCACCCAUAUUAUGAUGGAUGGGACAUUUCAUUCGUCUCCGUCGCACUUUCAUCAAGUUUAUACGAUACAUGCAAUGAAAAAUGAUCAUAGUUUUCUGUGUGUUACGGCUCUCCUUGGUAAUCGAACUGCGGCAACAUAUAAAGAGUUGUUCGCGAUUCUCACUGAGCAUGCUGGUCGACUUAAUCUUCAAUUUCGUCCACAAAAAAUUACAUCUGAUUUCGAAGCUGCUCUUAUCAAAACAAUUGCUGACCAAUUGCCAAAUACACGCCAUGUGGGCUGCAAUUUUCAUUUUGUAAAUGCAAUUAAUCGUCAGAUUCAACAACUUGGAUUGGUUGCUGAUUUUCGUAAUGAUGAAUCUGUACGGUCAUGCUCACGUGAACUGAUGGCGCUUGCACUUGUGCCCAUCGAUGCACUUGAAAUUGCCUUUAAAGAAGUUGUACGUGAAUCUCCAAGUUCAUUAAAACCAUUACUUGAUUAUUUUGAUCGGUAUUGGAUGACAAAAGUAAAGUGGACAUUAUGGAAUGUUUCUGACGUCGAGAUGAAAACAAAUAACUUUGUCGAAGGUUGGAACCACAGAUUCAAUCGAUUAGUAUCCAAAUACAAUCCGAAUGUCUGGCAUUUGUUUGAUUGUUUGAAGAAGGAAGAAGUUCUUGUACGUCAACAAAUGUUAAAAAUGAUUACAGGCGAAAAGAAGGACAAAUGCAAAAAAGUUCUUCUUCGACAAGAACGAAUUUCUUUUAUUCAAAUGCAGUUUAACGAAGGGCAAAUCAAUCUGAGUGAAUUACUCGAAGGACUAUCACUACUAAUCGGAGCAACCAAAUAA